AUGGAGAACGAAAGCGCUCAAGACGACUUAGCACUCGCUCCUGGUGAAUGGGAGGCGAUGACAAACUUCCUGAGUAAAGAGGGGAUCCCGACUUUGGUGCGUAAGUUUGGAGUAGUCCCGCAGGGGAGUACGAGCGAGGGCCUUGACACGGAGGAUUGCUCGCGCUUCCCGGCCAUGAAGAACGAGCGCGUUGGCGAGGACCCGUCGUCUGCAGCGCCCGCGUGCGAGGGAUGCCGUUGGGCUGUCGAAGACCUUAAAUGGCGGCACGAGGCGGCAUGGGGGUCCAUGAGCGGAGAGUGGCCGCUUGAAGCUCUGGUUAACGACAAUGCCUUCAAGCUUAAGCGGCGUACCACGUCCGGGCAAAUGACGUCGGCGGAAAGGGUGGCAUGGGAGAAGAAAAGGGAUGAGCUGGAGGCAGCGCGCCAGCUGGCGCUUGACGCUGCGCGCCCUAGCAAGCCUUGUCCCCCCCAUACGUGUUCCAUGAGCGAGUACUUGGGGGAAGAUGGUGACAGUGAGGACGGCGCGUACGAGAGCGAGAGCGAUGUUCCGCCGCUGCUCGAGCCGUUGUCGGGCGAGUAA